AUGGUGACACCAGCCUCCACCACCCCUGCGUCCACCGCUUCCGCUGCCGCGGCGCCCGGCUCCGGCCGCGGCGUCCUCCGCCUUCUCCGCUCUUCCACCUGCUCCCUCCUCCCUUUGGCUGCCGCGGCCAGGCCAGGCGCGCGGCUGACCACCGCGCUCCGCGCAAGAACCCAGCCGGCGGAGCCCGAGCUGGUGGAGCAGUCGGUGAACACGAUCCGGUUCCUGGCCGUGGACGCCGUGGAGAAGGCGCAGUCCGGGCACCCAGGCCUCCCCAUGGGCUGCGCGCCGCUGGGACACGUCCUGUUCGACGAGUUCCUCCGCUUCAACCCGAAGAACCCCGCCUGGUUCGACCGCGACCGCUUCGUGCUAUCCGCCGGCCACGGGUGCAUGCUCCAGUAUGCGCUUCUCCACCUCGCCGGGUACGAUGCAGUCAAGAUGGAUGAUCUAAAAGCUUUCCGACAAUGGAGAAGCAGAACUCCUGGUCACCCAGAGAAUUUUGAAACACCUGGUGUUGAAGUCACCACUGGUCCUCUGGGGCAGGGUUUUGCAAAUGCUGUUGGAUUAGCACUUGCUGAGAAACAUCUAGCUUCACGUUUCAACAAGACUGACAUGAAAAUCGUGGACCAUUACACGUAUGCUAUACUUGGGGAUGGUUGCCAAAUGGAAGGUGUUUCUAAUGAAGCGGCCUCUCUUGCUGGUCACUGGGGCCUUGGAAAAUUGAUUGCUUUCUAUGAUGACAACCACAUAUCAAUUGACGGUAAUACAGAUAUUGCAUUCACUGAAGAUGUGCUUGCACGAUAUGAGGCACUAGGAUGGCAUACUAUCUGGGUGAAGAAUGGCAACACUGGGUAUGAUGACAUACGUGCCGCAAUAAAGGAAGCGAAGGGAGUUAAAGACAAGCCAACUCUCAUCAAGGUGACUACCACUAUUGGUUUUGGAUCUCCGAAUAAGGCCAACACAUAUAGUGUUCAUGGUACUGCUUUAGGUUCAAAAGAAGUAGAGGCAACUAGAAGCAAUCUUGGCUGGCUUCAUGAGCCUUUCCAUGUUCCAGAUGAGGUGAAGAGGCACUGGAGUCGCCAUAUUGAUGAGGGUGCUUCACUUGAAGCUGAAUGGAAUGCCAGGUUUGUAGAAUAUGAAAAGAAAUACCACCAGGAGGCUGCUGAGUUAAAGAGCAUAAUUUCAGGGGAACUGCCCUCAGGAUGGGACAAUGCUCUUCCAACCUAUGCUCCUGAAAUCUCUCCUGGUGCUACUAGGAACUUAUCUCAACAGUGCUUGAAUGCACUUGCCAAAGUGAUACCUGGAUUUCUUGGAGGUAGUGCUGAUCUUGCAACAUCAAAUAUGACAAUGCUUAAGAUGUUUGGUGACUUCCAGAGGGAUACUCCUCAAGAGAGAAACAUUCGUUUUGGUGUGAGGGAGCAUGGGAUGGGUGCCAUUUCGAAUGGCAUCGCUGUUCAUAGCCCUGGUCUGAUACCUUAUUGUGCAACAUUCUUUGUGUUCACUGACUAUAUGAGAGCUUCCAUCCGCCUUUCAGCCUUAAGCGAAUCUGGAGUGAUCUUCGUGAUGACUCAUGACUCCAUUGGCCUUGGGGAAGAUGGGCCAACCCAUCAGCCUGUUGAGCAGUUAUUCAGCCUCCGAGCAAUGCCUAACAUUUUAAUGCUUCGUCCAGCUGAUGGAAACGAGACAUCAGGGGCCUAUAAGAUUGCAGUUCUUAAUAGGAAAAGGCCCUCAAUCAUUGCCCUCUCACGGCAGAAGCUUCUGCAGCUGAAAGGAACAUCGGUUGAUGCUGUUUCUAAAGGAGGAUAUAUUAUUUCCGAUAACUCAUCAGGCAACAAACCUGAUUUCAUUCUCAUUGGCACUGGUUCAGAGCUUGAGAUUGCAGAAAAUGCAGCAGGUGAGCUGCGGAAUAAGGGGAGAACCGUACGAGUGAUUUCACUAGUUUGCUGGGAAUUAUUUGAAGAGCAGCCUGAGGAGUAUAAGGAAAGUGUUCUCCCAAAUGAGGUUACUUCUAGAAUUAGCAUUGAGGCAGGGGUCACAUUUGGAUGGGAGAAAUAUAUUGGACAGAAAGGCAAAGCUAUUGGUAUUGACCGUUUUGGUAUAAGUGCUCCUGCGGGGAGAAUAUAUAAGGAACUUGGUUUGACAGUGGAAAACGUCAUUGCAGCAGCCGAGGCCCUAUAA